AUGCUCCGCAGGCCGGGCUGGCCGGUGCUGUCCAGCGCCGCGGUGCUGCUGCUCGGCUGCCUGCUCCUCCUGAAGAGGGCGGCCGCGCCGGCGGGGGGCUCCCCGGCCCCCCAGCCCUUCUGGGCGCCCCCGGGCCCGCGCCGCAGCCCGUGCCCGCCCAACCUCACGCUGGCCAACGCCUCCCCGUCCCUGCCCGGCCGCCACCGCCUCUUCCUGACCUAUCGCCACUGCCGCAGCUUCGCCACCUUGCUGGCGCCUUCGGCCUGUGCCGAGGACACCUUUCUGCUCUUGGCCAUCAAGUCGCAGCCCGGCCACGUGGAGCGGCGCGCGGCCAUCCGCAGCACCUGGGGGCGCGCGGGGCGCUGGGCCAGAGGCCGGCGGCUGAAGCUGCUGUUCCUCCUAGGGGUGGCAGGCCCCGCACCCCCGGCCGAGCUGCUGGCCUACGAGAGCCGGGAGUUCCACGACAUCCUGCAGUGGGACUUUGCCGAGGACUUCUUCAACCUGACGCUCAAGGAGCUGCACCUGCAGCGCUGGGUGGCCGCUGCGUGCCCUCGGGCCCACUUCAUGCUGAAGGGAGACGACGACGUCUUCGUCCACGUCCCCAACGUCCUGGAGUUCCUAGACGGCCGGGACCCAGCCCAGGACCUCCUGGCGGGAGACGUCAUCCGCCAGGCGCUGCCCAACAGGAACACCAAGGUCAAGUACUUCAUCCCGCCCUCCAUGUACAGGGCCCGCCACUACCCGCCCUACGCGGGGGGCGGAGGCUACGUCGUGUCCAGAGCCACCAUGCGGCGCCUCCAGACAGCCGUGGAGGAGGCUGAGCUCUUCCCCAUCGAUGACAUCUUCGUGGGGAUGUGCCUGCGACGGCUGGGGGUGAGCCCCCUACACCACGCUGGCUUCAAGACCUUUGGGAUACAGCAGCCCCUGAACCCCCGGGACCCCUGCCUGUACAGAGGGCUCCUGCUGGUGCACCGCCUCAGCCCCCUGGAGAUGUGGACCACGUGGGCGCUGGUGACAGAUGAGGGGCUCAAGUGCGCAGCCGCCCCUCUGCCCGGGCGCCGAGGGCUAGAGUGAGCAAUAGCCCCAGAGGGGACUCGGUGCCGACGUCCGUCACGACGGGACACUGGGAGCCGGGACAGUGGGCCCUUGGCCGUCUAGUCGGCAGGAAACACCGCGUCUCCGUCCCCUCCCCCCCAACCCUGCUGAUUAAAAACACAAGCCUGCUGCACCCCAGACGGGUGCUCCCCAAGGGCAUCCCGGGGCCCUGGGGCUGUCCCAGCCUGGCGGUGGAGUGGAGGCUGCAGCGGGCUCCAGAA